CCGGGAAUGUGUAAUGGCAGCGCCCAUUGAGCGAUGGAUAUUAAAAUUAAGUUUUACAAAUUCAUUGUUGUUGGGGGUGGAAUAGCUGGUGUUUCAUGUGCAGAGAAGUUAUCAUCAUUGUGUCCUGAAGAUGAAAUACUGCUUAUAUCGGCAUCAACUUUAGUUAAAACCAUCACUAACUAUAGAAAGAUCACAAAGGCUUUGGAAAGUUUUGAUGUAGAAGAAAGGCCAAUGCUAUCUGUUGAGACAGGAUGUCCAAAUGUUAAAGUUGUUCACAAAUAUGUGUCCUUAUUAGAAGCUGAUAAACAUAUUUUACACACAGCAGAUGAAACAAAGUACCAGUAUGGAAAGUUGUGCAUAUGUUCUGGUGGAAAACCUAAGCUUAUUGCUAAAGAUCACCCUCAUGUUCUCGGAAUUAGAGAUACACAGAGUGUAAAGGAAUUCCAGAAACAGUUAUCCACUGCCAGAAGAAUUAUAGUAGUUGGCAAUGGAGGAAUAGCUACAGAGUUGGUGUAUGAGAUUGAAGGUUGUGAGGUUAUCUGGGCCAUUAAACAUAAGAGUAUAUCCAGUACGUUUGUAGAUCCUGGUGCAGCUCAAUUCUUCCUUUCAUCACUCAAUAAAGACAAAUCAAAAGAAGAAGCUCCCUCAAAAAGAUUGAAAUACACUCUUGAAGAUGACAAAUCUUUAGCAAGUUCCACAACAAAAUUAGGAGGCGCUCUUGGUCCAGACUGGUCAGCUCAUUUACAUAUGACUGGCUCAAUGCAGACCUCCCAUCAAGUCCAUGUGGAGUAUCUAGUAGAAAUUCAGAGACUAUUAAGUCCAGAAGAACUUGAGUCAGCUGGUCUGUCAGAAUCUCAUGUACCAGAAAGUUUUAUCUGUGAUAAAAGUUGGCCUGUCUAUGUACAGUUAACCAAUGACAAAGUUUAUGGCUGUGAUUUUAUUGUUAGUGCUACAGGUGUAACACCUAAUACAGAUCCCUUCUUGACAGGUAAUCAGUUUUCAAUAGCUGAAGAUGGAGGAUUCAAGGUCAAUGAUCAUAUGCAGACGACAGUUCAAGAUGUGUAUGCAGCAGGUGACAUCUGUACAGUAUCAUGGGAACUAUCACAACACUGGUUUCAGAUGAAACUGUGGUCACAAGCAAGACAGAUGGGUGUAUAUUCUGCAAUGUGUAUGGUAGCCGACGGUCAAAAGGAGGACAUCCAAUUAGAUUUCUGCUUCGAACUUUUUGCCCAUUGUACAAAUUUUUUUAAUUACAAGGUGAUAUUGUUAGGGAGAUUUAAUGCCCAGGGAUUAGGCAAUGAUUAUGAAUUAUUAUUACGAGUAACCAAAGAUUUGGAGUACAUCAAAGUAGUGUUACAAAAUGGCCGAUUACAGGGAGCUAUUUUGAUUGGUGAAACAGAUUUAGAAGAGACAUUUGAAAAUUUAAUUCUAAACCAGAUAGAUCUGACCCCAUUCAAAGAACAUUUAUUGGAACCCAAUAUUGACUUAGAGGAUUUCUUUGAUUAAAAUUUUUAGCUU